AUGGCUUUUUGGCCUGAUUUCCCGCAAAUCAAUUACUUUUUUUGCUCAGAUUGCCCGUUGGUCAAGUUUUUGGCCUUAUUUUUCACAGAAAAACAUCGCUACCUAUCCCGAAUACUAUCAUUGCUAGACCGCAAAACACCGGUCUAUACAAUAACAGAGGAGGAAUUUGAAGAGCCGAUCCGAGAUAACUAUGUGCAAUCGAUAUCGCAACUGUCAUAUGCCGAGCUCGACGACAAAUACAAUCCAGGUAUUCAGGUUGGCGUUUCAUCUUCUCACCUAACUCCUUAA